AUGUCCCACCCAUCGACCACUUCACCACCCUCAUGGGGAUCCUCUGCCAUGCCGGUUUACGAUCCUCAAUUGGACAAUGUCAUCAAGCACUUUUACAUCAAAACGGCUCAUAUCAUUAUUCAAUCACGCUUGGCUCCUGCAGAUAAACAUCGACGACGACCCGGUAGUAGCAGACGAUCUCGUUUUAAUAAAUGGUUCAACAUUACGACUGAAGAGUAUCCCGAGCGACUACGGCACGAUUUACGCUAUUGGUACACGCGAGCUUUGGGAUCAGCUCUUAUUGAACCUCCACCCUUGAUGAUUGAUGUGUACCUGGAUGUCCCUUAUCUUCCAACCGAUGUCGAGGAUGAUGACAGGCAGUUUAUGCUGGACCGCUAUCCUUUGUUUUUGGAUGAUGAUCGUCGCCGAAUUAUCCUAGAGCGUUGGAUUCUCACGCUAAGCAAUGACCGCCCUGCACAUUCAUCACGCAGCAUCAACAAUGUUUACAAACGAGCCAUUCUCCAUUUCCGAUCCUUGUAUUCCUUUGUACGUUUGCUUCCAGCUUAUAGCAUGAAACGUCAUAUUGUUGAAGGAGCAGGGGGCCACCAGCAGCCAUCAUCAUCAUCACUUGGUAUUGGAUACAGGCUUUCAUCCACAGACAUGCCCCGUCAAGACGAGGUUGAUUUAGGGGACACGCUGCUCAGUGAAGACAUGGAUGCUGUCGAGGAACAUACAUUGAACAAUUUACAGACACCUUUGGGAACAUUCAAUAUCCAAGUGCGUUAUCGAAAACAUGCCAAUUUCCAUAUCCAAGAACAGGAUUCAAGUGCACGGUUCAUUGAUCUGGAUCAACAAUACUUUAUGCCGACGAUUACCAAAUUUGCCAAACGAAGUCCGCCACUACCACCAUGGCCCAAUGCAUCACCCUCGCCACCACCACCACCAUCAUCAUCAUCGACAACUCGCCAUAGUAGUACAUCACCCGAUGAACGACAUCAACGCCCAUCAUCAUUACCACCACCAUCUUCAACUGCAGUUGUCAUUCCACCUCCACCACCACCAUCACGUGUAUCUGAUCGACCUCACACUGCACCAUUCAAGUCUCCAUCUUCUUUAUCAUCUUCAUCUAAUGUUUCAAUACCAUCCACGAUGACAUCUUCGCGUCCAACAGUGUCAUUUUCAUCGAGUUUUGAAAAAUACCGAUACAGUCAAAGUGCUCCGCCACUACAUCCAAAUUCAACAAUAGCGACAUCUUCAUCACAAAGACAUUCAAUACUACGCCAACCCUCCACAAAGCAGCAACCAUCAAUAUCAAAAGAGAAACAAAAUUUAUCCAUGGUGCUAUAUCAAGAGCAAGAUGCUGAUCUCGAGAAUUUUGUACGUGUAUUGAGCUUGGCGAAACCAUGGCGUUCUCCAUCACUGGCAUCUAGUUCGGCUAGCAUAUACAAAUCCAAGCAAGCUUUGACCCAUUUUAAAAGUCUAAGAGAUACGGUGGAUACACUAUCCCAAUCCAUGUCGCCAUCAACGACCACAUCAAGUUAUCAUCCUUAUCGACCACGUUCACCAUCUCCUUUACAAAACAACACAACGAUGAUGGCUGUCACGAGGCAUUCACUUCCUUUGGCGAUGCCACCGCAUGAUCCAUCGUUUUUCAUGUCAUCGUCACCGCGGCCGCAUCACGAAGAAGGUGAUCUCUUGGCAACCUCUUCAUCCUCGUCCUCAUCCUCAUCAUCCACCACCAACGCUAUAUACCAUGAGUCAACGUCUACCAUGCAACCUUUAGUGAAUCAACAACAACAUCAAGAAGAAGAUGAUUCCUUAAUAUUUAGAAUGAGCGAACUAGAAUUGCAAUAG